ACUCUACAACAUUCACUUUAGAGUGCUGUUCACUAUCUCUCGUUUUCUAUUUUUGUUUUGCUCUUAUAUAUCGCUUUAUAAAUGCUUAUUAAUCCUUACCAGCUACAAAUCAAUGAUUAUAUCCCAAAAUGAGUGACAUGAAAUUUAAUCACAUUUCUUCAAAUCCUCAAAGUUUAGAUGACAGUAACCAACCAAUAAAUACUAGUAUCAACAAUAACCUCGAUGUUUCUAAUAUAUCUCAUAUGAUUGCGCUUGACGCCCCCCUGUUGAAUCUGAAUAAAAAAUUACUAAAAAAUGGUUCUUCAAAAUCUGAAUCAAACACUGACUCUCAAUCUAAAGAUGAUACGCAAAUCAUUAAUAGUAUUCAUAAUAUCGAUAACAUUGAUCAUAUAAACCAGCUUUCUACCAAAGAUUCCGACUUACAAGAAAUCUCUAAUAUAAACCGAUUAAAUGAUUUUACUGCUGAUGAUACCAAUGAUGACAUCAGCGAUGAUAUUGAUAAUAUUAGAAGCAGUAAUUCCAAUAUAACCAGCAAAAUAAAAAGUAAUAAAUUAAAUAAAAAAAUAUCAAAAAGUCAACUUUCAAACCAAAAUGUGUUUUCUGUUGAAAAACAAAAUGUUGCAACUUCAACUUCAAACUCUCAAUCAGAAAAUCCAAAACCCAAAAUAAAAUCGAAAACGAAAACAAAUUCAAAUAACAACACAACCUCACCUCCUAAUCCUGCUUACCAACCCCAGAAAAUUAAUAUAUCACAGCAGCAUAUGGUUCCUAUUUCUACUCAAGGAAUUCAGCAAGGUCCAUUACCAACUCAUCCUCCUUCAAUAUCACAGUUUGAAUAUUUUCCUCAAUUUCUUCAGCAAUACCCGCCACCACCGCCACAUCAAUAUCAAUUUCCUUUAUAUCAAUAUCCAAUUCAAUCAAAUCAAUUUAUUCAAUCCUCUCCAACUUAUGCAUUUAAAAACAAAUCUGUACCUUUUAACGAUGGAAAAGCUAGUAACAUGAUUAGGCAUUCUAACCAAAAACAUCUGAACGAUCUCAAAUCUAAUUCCAAUAAUAAUUUUAUCUCAAAAAUAGAGAAUAAUGAUAAUAUUAUCAAUAACAACUCUUUUAAUAACAUGAAUAGUUCAUCAUCUACUCCGACAACUUAUAUGAAAAGAGAUCAAUGUACUAUUCUUGCUGAUAUUUAUUAUAAUGUCAGGACUGAUAAGUUGAAUUUAAAUAAAACCCCAAAGGAAAUUGACGAAAUUGUUUAUAGUCAAUUACCUGAAGCAUUUAGCAAAAAAAAUAUGAAGUUUGAUCGAACUUAUACACAAAUUCGAGAAAAAUUAAGCCGAUUAAGAGCUGAAUUAAAAAAAAUUUAUAUUGAAGAAUUAGUUAAUCAUCCAUCGUGGAUAAUGAAAAUUAAAGAAGCAGAAUUUUUUGUGCUGAAUAAUCGUUUGCAUGAUGGAACCCAGCCCACCAAUAGUGAUCCUAUGUGCUUUAAUUCCAAUUCUAGCCUUAAUAAUAAUAAUAAUAAUAAUAAUAAUAAUAAUAAUAAUAAUAAUAAUAAUAAUAAUAAUAAUAAUAAUAAUAACAAAGAUAAUAACGAUACUACAAAUUUCAAAGAAUUUAAAGAAAACAAAGAAAACAAAGAAAAAACAAAUACAAAAUUAGCAAUUGAUAAAUAUACAAACAAAAUCAAAUUAAGUGAUUUAUCCGAUAUCAGUGGUGAAAAGAGGAAUAGAUCUACUUUUGAAAAUUCUGCUGCAAAUGAUGAUGAUUGCAAUAAUACAAUCAUUAUUUCAAACGCCCCUUCUAUCAAUUCUAAACAAUGUUAUAAAGAAUUUUUAUCAAACCUAAAAAGACUCAAAAGCAAUGGCACGACAGAUUGUUUAUUUACAAAAGCUGUUAUCGAUAAAGAUAAUCGUAACAAUCAAAAAGAUUUUAAUACUGCAUAUAGUGACGAUAAUGAUGAAAGUAUUGGUUCAGAAUUUAAAAUUUCAGAUUCAAAGGAAAACUUACUAAAAUUAUACCAGCAAUCGCUAGCCCAGCAAAAUAACAUCAUUAAAACUCUAUCGGAAACCUUUAGCAAACUACCAAAAUUUGAUCAGCUUCAACAGAUUGUAAACAAAAAAGAUCAAAAAAUCUUUCAGUUAGAAAAAGAGAUUGAACAAUUGAAAACCAGAUUCGAAACAGAAAAUUUUCAGUUGAGAAACCAGAUAAUUGACAUCAAAAGUAGUAAAAACAGUGAAAUAUUGGAUUUAAGAAUCAAAUUAUUGGAUUUGAAGGAAAAACAGAUAACUAAUGCUGCCAAAGAACCUGUUCUUUCGCCAGAUUCACCUAUUAAUCUAAGUAACGAUCGUAGUUAAAGUUUAACGUGGCUGUAAUUAAUUCUACAAAUAGGAAUAUCUUUAGUUGUUUUUUUACUCUAUUUCUGGUUACUUUUAUGUCCAAUCUCAAAUUACACCACUUUUUUCGCUUUGCACGGCACAAACAGCACAAUAA